UGUGAAAAUAGUAAGAAAAUAAUUGCUCUGACAUGAAUGGGAAAACACUAAAGUACCCCGAAACCAACCUCCCCCGUGGGGAAAAAGUAACGACGAGUGCUUAAAACAAUAAAUAUUAAAUUGAACUUGAAAUGGGCAGCCGCAAAAGCAGCGUAGUCGAAGCAGUUGGCGAUUGCAUCUUAAGCCACAGCAGCAUCAGCACCAACAACAACAGCAGCCGCCGGUCAUUGGCGACCACAAAGCAAACGAAAGGAGCAAGGAAUUCAAAGGCACACUCAUUACCGCAGGCUAUAGUUGUUGUUUGUAUACUACAAGGGAAACAAGCAGAGGAACAACCACGAAAGAGUGACGACACACUUACACAGAAAACGAUUAAAAAACUCACCACGACUUACGCAUCACAACAACAGCAGCGACAACAACAAAAGCAGGAAAACCCAUCACUAUUUCGACGACAAACAGCCGUCGCCGAAGACAUCACCAGCUGCUACGCCAUUCACUUUUUUUUCAUUGUCAUUAGCGUAAGGAACAACAAAAUUGGUAUAGACGUAUUGCUGUUGGUGCAACAUAGCAUAAGCAAUACUUCGGAAAUGGUGGUCACGUGGCCGCAAGUGCAUACGGCUACCAGAGGUGGUGCCCGUCAUUGUAGGAGCCAUAACAGCAGCAAGCGUGCUAAUCGUAGCAGCUUAAGCAGCAGCAAUAACAACAACACCUUGAACAUGUUCAACAUACCGGCAAUUAAUGGUAGUACGGCAAGCAAUGUCAGCAAUAGCAACAACCAUACCGACGGCAACAACAGCAAUAACUUUGGCAGUCAAACUGGUCGAGCCAUUAUGUCCGUUGCAACGACACUCGCCUCCACUUCGGCAACAAUGGCAAUGGCCAAUAUACCCACCACCAAUUUAUUACCACCGCCCACCACCAGCACGACAGAGAGCAUCUGGACUGCCAGCUUCGACGAAAACAACUGGACACUUGACGGCGUUAGCUGGCCAACAAUGAAUCAAACAUCGACGGACAAAGUCGAUCUAAUUGAAAUGGAUUUAGCAGCAAAUGAAACGUUAAGUGGCACAUAUCCAGCACUGAGGCGUUACCAUGGCGACUAUGACGUUUCAUAUAUAGCAAGAAUAAAUCCAUUUUGGUUGCAAUUCGAACCGCCAAGUACGCGCACUUACUACAUUAUGGCCAUAAUCUAUAUCAUCAUAUCGAGCGUCGGUUGUCUUGGCAAUUCGCUUGUUAUAUUUAUGUUUUUACGCUGUAAGUCCUUACGCACACCUGCAAACACAUUGGUUAUCAAUUUGGCUGUGAGCGAUCUGCUCAUGUUGAUGAAAUGUCCCAUUGCCAUUUACAAUAACUUCAAACAGGGCCCGGCGCUGGGUGAUGCUGGUUGCCGCAUUUACGGCUUUGUCGGCGGCCUUAGUGGCACCGCAUCGAUCGGAACCCUAACUGCCAUAGCACUCGAUCGCUACAAUGUGGUCGUACAUCCGCUCGACCCGCUACGCAAGACAGCCAAAGUGCGAUCCGCAUACCUAAUCACAAUGAUUUGGAUCUACAGUUUUGCCUUCUCCAUUGUGCCGGCGCUGGAUAUUGGCCUCUCCGUUUAUGUACCCGAAGGCUUCCUAACCACCUGCAGUUUCGAUUACCUGGACAAGGGAUUGGGGCCGCGCAUUUUCAUGUUUGCAUUCUUCGUUGCCGCCUGGUGUGUGCCCUUUAGCAUCAUCUGCUUCUCGUAUUUCUACAUCUUGAAAGUGGUCUUUGCCGCCAAUCGCAUACAAUCGAGCAAAGAGAAGAAUAAAACUGAACAGAAAUUAGCAUUGAUUGUGGUGGGCAUUAUCGGUUUGUGGUUUCUAGCUUGGACGCCCUACUCCGUCGUCGCUAUGUUGGGCGUUUUCGGCAAGGAGAAAUAUAUCACGCCCCUGGGCUCAAUGAUACCGGCGCUCUUUUGUAAAACAGCCGCCUGCAUUGAUCCCUACUUCUAUGCGGCGACACAUCCACGUUUUCGCAUGGAAUUUCGUCGUCUAUGGUUGGGGCGUGGCCAUUUGCGACGUACCUCUACGACGCGUUCAUCAUAUCUAACACGCUCGUCAACGCGACGUUUGCGUGUUAUUAGCGAUGUGGAUAUGCGCAAUCGCAGCAAUGAAAACGCGAAAAAGCAAAAUAAUUUACAAGCUCUGCAAGAAGUGACGGAAGAAAACGAUGAAGAUUAUGAUUUUUCGAUACCGGGAAAUUUUAGUGAUGCCAUCGAACAGAGUCGCUUCUAA